AUGAUCUUUGGAAACCAAAGUAAAUAUAUUGAUCAAGGCCCUUCAUUCUAUGGUAAUUCACCAGGUUCAAGCUUUAUGUACACUGCCCCUCCUCCUUACUCAUAUGUUAGCCAACCUCCACCUUUCCCUGUCGUUCGACUUCAUGGUCUUCCCUUCGGUUGCACAGAGGUUGACGUGGCCGAGUUUUUCCAUGGUCUGGACAUAGUUGAUGUCCUUUUUGUCCAUAAAAAUGGCAAGUUCAAUGGUGAUGCUUUUUGUGUUUUGGGUUAUCCUCUUCAGGUUGAUUUUGCCCUUAAUAAUAGGCGAAACAUGGGCAGGAGAUAUGUAGGAGUUUUCAGAAGCAAGAGACAGGAAUAUUACAAGGCAAUAGCCAAUGAAGUGGUUGACGCUCGUGGUGGUUCACCUCGCAGAAAUGCCCCAAGGGCCAAAUCUAGCGACGAAGCAAAGGAGUCCGCUGAACAUACGGGGAUAUUGAGACUGAGGGGAUUGCCAUUUUCUGCUGGAAAAGAUGAUAUAAUAGACUUCUUCAAAGAUUUUGUGUUAUCAGAAGAUGCAAUUCAAGUAGUGUUGAAUUCAGAGGGGAGGCCAAGUGGAGAGGCAUUUGUGGAGUUUGAAAAUGCAGAAGAUUCGAAAUCCGCAAUGGCCAAGGAUAGGAUGACGCUGGGGAGCCGUUAUAUCAGUUUCUCUUUGGAGCUGAAAUUUUUUUAG